UUUUUUAACGCUGUAAUUUUUGUAUGAGUGGUAGAACAGAUUUUGAAUACGUGUGAGGUAGAAAGUAUUUGAUGGCCAAGUAUAAGAACGCUUGGAACACAGAAAGCCUCUUUUGGGUGUUGGUGUUUGUGGGAUGACAAGGGUAACCUACCAGCUCCCCUGCCCCACCAAUGAAUUGCUUGUUUCAGCUCUUCAUGAUGUGGUUCCUAUACCACAAGAUAAUACAACACGAGGCAAUGUCCUGCUCAGCACAGGAGAUCCAGAAAUCUGCUGGUGCAGUCAGUGUGUGUCUUUGGGACCUCCACAAGGGCAUGGUGUGACUCCAGCAGAACUUGGAUACCAGAUAGUGAAUAUGCCUAAAAAGAAGACUGGUGCUCGUAAGAAAGCUGAGAACCGUCGAGAACGUGAAAAGCAGAUAAGGGCUUCAAGAGCCAACAUAGAUUUGGCCAAACAUCCUUGUAAUGCUUCAAUGGAAUGUGAUAAGUGCCAAAGACGACAGAAGAACAGAGCUUUUUGCUACUUCUGUAACUCUGUUCAGAAAUUACCCAUUUGUGCACAAUGUGGAAAAACCAAAUGCAUGAUGAAGUCUUCAGACUGUGUCAUAAAACACGCUGGUGUGUAUGGUACUGGACUAGCAAUGGUGGGUGCAAUCUGUGAUUUCUGUGAAGCUUGGGUGUGUCACGGGAGGAAGUGUCUCAGCACACACGCGUGUAUCUGCCCUCUCGCAGAUGCAGAAUGUAUUGAGUGUGAAAGAAGUGUCUGGGACCAUGGAGGCAGAAUAUUCGCCUGCUCUUUUUGCCAUGAUUUCCUCUGUGAAGAUGAUCAGUUUGAACAUCAAGCCAGCUGCCAAGUUCUGGAAGCAGAGACGUUUAAAUGUGUUUCCUGUAACAGGCUUGGGCAGCACUCGUGCCUGCGUUGUAAGGCUUGUUUCUGUGACGACCAUGUGCGAAGUAAGGUCUUCAAGCAGGAAAAAGGAAAAGAGCCUCCUUGCCCUAAAUGUGGCCACGAAACUCAGCAGACAAAGGAUCUGAGCAUGUCAACCCGCUCCUUGAAGUUUGGCCGACAGACUGGAGGAGAAGAUGCAGAUGGAGCUUCUGGUUAUGAUGCCUACUGGAAAAAUCUCUCCUCCAGCAAGACUGGAAAUGCAGGUGACCGUGAGGAUGAAUAUGAUGAAUACGAAGCAGAAGAUGAUGAUGAAGAUGACAAUGAUGAGGGAGGGAAGGAUUCAGAUUCUGAGACCACAGAUGUCUUCAGCAAUUUGAAUUUAGGAAGGACCUAUGCUAGUGGGUAUGCACAUUAUGAGGAAUCAGAAGAUUAAGCCUAGUAUGCUGGCAAGCUAAAAACACUUGGAAGGAGCCAAGCAAUGCUUCACUGAGUUGUGUACACGCCAGUAGGAUAGCUCUAUCAGGUACUUACAUAUCGAAGUUAGAGAAUUAAGAGUGUGGGACUUCUGCUGUAACUCCAAGGGGGACUUUUCUUUUAUAUUGAACCAAUGGUUUUGGGACUGGGGGAAAAAAUCAGAAUGUUUUUAUUCCCCUAAGCAGCAGAAGGUUGUGUCCCCGAGUUACUGAGUAUAAUGGUUCAAUGCCAUUUUCCCCUAUCAACAUGGGAAUGUGGGAGAGCUGUAGAACUUGCUUCCAUUUGCUCAUCAGAGAUUAAGUUAUUUUUUACAAUCAUUUUGUUAACUGAUUUCAUACAUUAAUGCAGUGGUGGGUUGGUGACUGCAUUUUGUUUUGGUCUGCACAAUAAAAGUCAACUGCAUUCUCUAA